UAUAUGAUAGUUGUAAUUUUAUUUAUAAUAUUAAUUGCAUUACAUUGCAUAAGUAUUCAUGACGAUGUAAAUUCAUCGCAAUCAUUGUUACCAAUGUACGUAAUAACGGAUGUAACAAGUAAAAGUGUGUAGGUGUGCCGAUAGUUCUCCGAAGUAUUUUGAAAAAUAGUCAAAUAAUAUUUCCUUCUAAGUAAAAUGCCUGUAAAAAUAUCUUGGCCGGUUGUGGCAGCUGUUAUUUAUCCGAAUAUAGGAGGAUGGGCUGGAAGUUAUAUCACUAGAAAAAAUAUCAAACCCUGGUAUGAGUCUUUAAAAAGACCAUGUUGGACUCCACCAAACUGGGCAUUCGCUCCAGUAUGGACAACCCUUUAUUGCACAAUGGGGUAUUCUUCAUAUUUAGUAUGGAGAGAUGGUGGUGGUUUCAGGGAAGCAAUAGUACCUCUUUCUAUUUAUGGAACUAAUUUAAUACUAAAUUGGUCUUGGACACCACUGUUCUUUGGAUUACACAAGAUAAAAUGGGCUUUGUAUGAAAUUGUUUUAUUAUGGGGAAGUACUGUAGCAAUGGGUAUGUGUUUUUAUCAUGUGAAUUCACUUGCUGGUUGGUUGACUAUUCCAUAUUUAGCAUGGGCUACUCUUGCUACAGCAUUGAAUUACACAAUUUAUAAGGAUAACAAACCAAGUAUUGAACCAGCUGUGGAUGAAAAGAAAAAAUAAUAUACUUGGUGAUACUUCUGUAGCAAACAACAUUAAUAUAGAUCACCUAAUGAAAACAAUACUUUACUCUUGUUUUUUUAACAGUUACUAUAUCACUAUUAUCUUAUUUGAUAAGAAACAUGCCUUGCAUUGAACGCACAAUGCUAUUAGUAUACACAUGUUUAUUGUUUGAUAUGAAAUAAAGGUUAGUCAUAAAGUUAA